CCGGGAGCGCGGAGGAGGCGGAGCAGGAGCCGGGAACCGGCUGGCCCGCACCCCUCCUGCCGGCCGGGGAUUUUCCAGCCUGGGCGCUGACGCCGCGGACCUCCCUGAGGCCGCCGCGGACCAUGGGCGACAAAGGGACCCGGGUGUUCAAGAAGGCAAGCCCCAAUGGAAAGCUCACCGUCUACCUGGGAAAGCGGGACUUUGUGGACCACAUCGACCUCGUGGACCCCGUGGAUGGUGUGGUCCUGGUGGAUCCUGAGUAUCUCAAGGAGAGGAGAGUCUAUGUGACACUGACCUGCGCCUUCCGCUACGGCCGGGAGGACCUGGAUGUCCUGGGCCUGACCUUUCGCAAGGACCUGUUUGUGGCCAACGUGCAGUCCUUCCCGCCAGCCCCUGAGGACAAGAAACCCCUGACUCGGCUGCAGGAGCGCCUCAUCAAGAAGCUGGGCGAGCACGCCUACCCUUUCACCUUUGAGAUCGCUCCGAACCUCCCAUGUUCUGUGACGUUGCAGCCGGGGCCUGAAGACACAGGGAAGGCCUGCGGUGUGGACUAUGAAGUGAAAGCCUUCUGUGCCGAGAACCUGGAGGAGAAGAUCCACAAGCGGAAUUCUGUGCGCCUGAUCAUCCGGAAGGUGCAAUACGCCCCGGAGAGGCCCGGCCCGCAGCCCACAGCCGAGACCACCAGGCAGUUCCUCAUGUCGGAUAAGCCCUUGCAUCUGGAGGCCUCCCUGGAUAAGGAGAUCUACUACCACGGAGAACCCAUCAGUGUCAACGUCCACGUCACCAACAACACCAACAAGACAGUGAAGAAGAUUAAGAUCUCGGUGCGCCAGUAUGCAGACAUCUGCCUUUUCAACACAGCGCAGUACAAGUGCCCCGUGGCCAUGGAAGAGGCCGAUGACACAGUGGCACCCAGCUCGACAUUCUGCAAGGUCUACACGCUGACCCCCUUCCUGGCCAACAACCGAGAGAAGCGGGGCCUCGCCCUGGACGGGAAGCUCAAACAUGAGGACACGAACCUGGCCUCCAGCACCCUGUUGAGGGAAGGAGCCAACCGGGAGAUCCUGGGCAUCAUUGUUUCCUACAAAGUGAAGGUGAAGCUGGUGGUGUCUCGGGGAGGCCUGUUGGGAGAUCUUGCAUCCAGUGACGUGGCUGUGGAGCUGCCCUUCACCCUAAUGCACCCCAAGCCCAAAGAGGAACCCCCGCAUCGGGAAGUUCCAGAGAACGAGGCUCCAGUAGAUACCAAUCUCAUAGAACUUGACACCACCGACGACGACAUUGUGUUUGAGGACUUUGCUCGCCAGAGACUGAAAGGCAUGAAGGAUGACAAAGAGGAAGAGGAGGACGGUACCGGCUCUCCACAGCCCAACGACAGAUAGACUGGGGCCGGCCCUCCCUCCGGGCAGCUCCAGGACUGGAAUGGCCUACCCAUGGGGCAGGAUCCCCACCUCUACCACUCCCCUGCAGGCUCACUGCACAGUGGCUUCAAAGAGAGGCCCGUUGAAGGGGGAGCAUCCUCCCCCCAUCACUCUCUCCCAACUCUUCACCCCGAAAGGGAAGUCAAAGCACAGAUCCCCAGGACCCAUGACCCGUAGACUCUGACACACUGGUUUUCAAACCAGGUGCUGUGGAACCCCUGGUGUGCCACAGAGCUUUGUCAGGGGCUGCUAAGGUGGGAGAAUGGGGGUGGAGGCCAAGGAUAGGUCUCCAGCCCUCCCCGCCAUUCCCACUUCCACCAGAACAACUCUGCUUUUAUCUGCCUUGCCUAUUGAGGUUUCACCUUUAAACUUUCUUUUGAAGAAAAACUUCUUCAAACCACCAUUCUGAGGUUUGAUCUUAGACCAGCAAGCCCAGCUUCUAUUCUUGCAUUUCCUGUUGGAAUGACUCUAGCAUUCCAAUACAAAGUAUCGUCCUAUUGGAACUUGGGUCGCAGACCCAGGCCCAAGCAUUUGCUUAUUCACACGCACACGCACAUGCGUGCGCGCGCGCGCGCACACACACACACACACUUGGUUUUGUAGCCCACCCCCACUGAAGCUCCGGCCUGGUUUCAUUUGGGCGGGGGCCUGGUGCUGUGAGGAUGGGUCUUGGCCCUGAAAUUGGCCCAGGCAUUGUGGGGGACAAUGGAGGUAGCAAAGAGGCCCAGCCCCACCCCAGGACUUGUGUCUGUGCCCCAGCGUGACACCCCACUCCCCCGGCCCAGGCCCAUGAGACGGCAGAGGGACAGCGUGCUGGGAAGAGAAACUAGAGUUAGGUUCCUCUUUAUGUACAGCCAGCUUUAGUAAAAGAAAUGCCAAGGGAGGCCUUUAUGACAAAAGUCCCUCCUAUGAAGGCAGGAUUCCUCCAGAGACCCUUUAAGCAGCAAAUUUCCCUCGAGCAAUUCUCAUAGGAUUCCAUGCCCACCUCUGCGGUCAACUGAAUGUGUGGGCAACAGGCGGGUGUCUGAAGAGAGGCUGGUUCCCUACCUCCAGUCCCCCAGAUUCUCUUCCUGCUGGUCUGCCCCUCUGCCCAGGUCCCUCACUGGGGCUGACUAAGAGGUGGGCACUUCGGGGAGACCUGGACCAGCCCUGGGCACAGCAUCCUGCCCGGCCCCCACCCAGGGCAUCCAGGUGGAAAUGUGAGAGUCGGGGCACGACAAGCCAUGUGGCAUGGGAGAAAGAGCGCCCAAUGCUAUUCUGUGUUCAGUCCGAGUGUGCCCUUGGGAACCUGACCUCCGUUUCCCUUUGUGUAAGAAGGAGAUAGUGCCCGGCUCUGCCCAGCUCAAAGGGAUUACUGCAAGGGUCAUGGGAGAGGCGGGUAUGAAGGGGGGCUCACAAAUCCGGGGUGUGGUCAUGGCCUGCCCUGGAGAUCCAGGAGCACUCGGGGGAUGACGGUUGGAUGGGCCGUCUUCCCGGGACAUCUCUGCUCAGUGUUGGGGUCUAGCCACAGAUGUGGGGGGAGGGGGCUGCGCCUUCCUUUCCAAUGGGAGCUGGCACUCAACCUGGUACUGUGUGUGGAUCCUGGGUGUGAGGAGUGACAGGUGGUGGAGACUGGUCUCCAGGGCUGUGGCCCUUCUGUUAAGUGAUUCUUUUGUGACACCCUUAUUCCUGGGUCACCUGCCAGGUUUAUCUGUUGUACCUGUGGCAUUCCUUAUUAUGUCAGAUAAGUUAUUACAGUUUAUUCAACUCUAACAGGACAGUUCUAACCGUUCUAAUGAAAAAAAGAACCAUAAAUAGGAGACCAUUAAAGGUCUUUUAUGACAGAUGCUGGCUGUGCUUUUAUUUCUGUCUCAUAAGCCCAUGGCAGGACAUAGACCAGCAGAAGCUGUCCCUGCUGCCCUGGACUAGCUGGGUCAGGUGGUGGCCCCCACUCCAACCUGGCUGCUCACCCCCUUCUCCUCCCCUCGCUGCCAUUUACCAGCCUUUGGGCCUGGGGAAGUUGCCAAACCUCUGAUCUCUCUCAGACACCACUGGGUCCCAUGACCCCUUGUUUGCGCCUGGGGUGAAGCCAUCCCAUCUUCUCCCCACUGACAACUUCAGCUGGAGUCCUGUCCCAGUCCCAGCCCUGAUUCUUACUCAGUUCUCAUCUCCUGCUCUGCUGGGUCUCCCCGAAGUCACUUCAGUUUUCCAUGACUUACCAAUGCCUGUUCCAAAAGAACACAUGGGAGGAGUGGGGAUAUAGGUGAGGAAGAUUCAGAGUCCUAAAUGACAGUGUAUCGUAUUAACACGAAAGGAAGAUGCUGCUGAAUGUAAGAUGGCUUUCCUAGAAAAUUGGUCAUGUGUGUGAAACCAUUUUGUUUUUUUACAUUCCUGUAGAAUAAUGUGCAACUUAGAUAUCAGUGCAUUGCCUUCCUCGUCAGCCAGAGGGUGGUCUCUUUCCUCUGAUGCUCCCAGCCAGAGAAGGGUAAUGGGCAGACACUGACAUUUGAGUCAGGAGACAUGAGCUAGAGCUUUGAUUCUGCCCUCCCACGUGGACUGUAUCAGUCCAAGUCCAGAUAAACGGAGCCUAUGCCAGUAUAUCAGUAGCAGGAAUUUAAUCAAAGAAACUGGUUAUGAAAAGGUUGCAAGAGUUGAAAGGGCAAAUGGGAUGUAAGGCAACCCAGGUACAAUAGGAAGUCACUACCAUCUGUAGGGUGGAAGGACAAGGGAGAAGAGGUGGUGUUACGGAGCUAAGGACCAGGGAAGCCCAAUAGGGCUGUUGAGGGAGAGAGUAGCUGAAGAAUCCAGACCAUAGAAGAAAAGCCUCUGUUCCUGGGAUGCUGCCCAAAGCAAGAGGGUGGGGGAAAUACUCUGAUUUCUCCUUUCCUUCUGCCCUCCUAAUGGCAGACUCGAAUUAAAAGUUAAUUUUCAAGGAAUCUUGGGGAAUGUAGUUUGCAAUGGUCAAUGCCCUGCAAUACAGAGCAGGAGAAGGUCAGGGGUUAGAUCUGAGACCAAGUAGGCAAGUCACCAGCUCUUCCUUAAUCUUCUCAUCCAAAAACCAGAAAUAAUCCUAUUGGCCUGGAUACCACAAUUUAGAAGGAGUACCCUGACACCUAAACAAGGCUCUAAACAUGGAAGAGGUCUUUGCGGUUACCUCUUAGCUUUGAGCUUUUCUCCUGUCACUGUCUUCAUGGUGUUCUGAGACUUCAUUUAUCUUAGCUUUUAAAAUUUUCAGCAAAUCAAAAUAAAUUGUGUAGGAGUUUCAAAUUCUGGCCAAAACAGAGUAAGUCCGCUACUGCCUAUCUCUCCUACUGAUUACAUAAAAACCCUGGACAAAAAUACAAAACACAACUACCUAAUGACUCUGAAAAUUAAACAAAAGCAGGCAAAUGGUCCUGGGAGUAAAAAUUUGGAGAAGUAACCUGCAUGGGGUAGAUUUCCCUUUUAUUUCUCCUUUCUCUUGUGGAUUUGUGCUGCGAUUAGAACCACCCACAGCCCAACAGACAAAUUGGGUCUGAAACUAAAUCAGCUGAUAACCUCUUGAAACAAAGACAACAACAACUACAAAAUCAACGUUCUAUCAAGGAUUAUAACAGGGGGCUUCCGUGGUGGCGCAGUGGUUGAGAGUCCGCCUGCCGAUUCAGGGGACACGGGUUUGUGCCCCGGUCUGGGAGGAUCCCACAUGCCACGGAGCGGCUGGGCCCGUGAGCCAUGGCCGCUGAGCCUGCGCGUCCGGAGCCUGUGCUCCACAACGGGAGAGGCCACAACAGUGAGAGGUCCACGUACCAAAAAAAAUAAUAAUAAUAAGGAUUAUAACAGGACCUAGAGUCUACACAACAUAACAUUCACAGUGUCCAGGAUACAAUCUAAAACAACUCAACAUACAAAAACCAGAAGAAGAGGAUGAUCAAUGAGGAUGCAUGAUCAGUAUACAAAAAUCAAUUAUACUUCUGUAGAGUAACAUCAAACAACUGGAUCUUGAAAUUUAAAAGACAAUGCCAAAUAAAAAGAUAAUACCACCUACAAUAGCACCAAAAUGGAAAUAUACUUAGGUAUAAAUAGGAAAAUAUGUGCAUAAUCUCUAUGUACAUCUCUAAAGCACAAAAUACUGAUGAAAGAAAUCAAAGAAGACCUAAACAAAUUGAGACAUGUACUAUGUUCAUGGAUUGGAAGAUUCAAUGUUGAAUAUGGAUUCGAUAUGGAUUAGAAGAUGUCAAUUCUCUACAAACUAUAGAUUCAGUGCAGUCCAAAUCAAGAUCUCUGCGGGAUUUUUUCUUUUCUUUUGUAUGUGUAGACAAGCUGAUCCUAAACAUUAUAUGGAAAGGUAAAGGAACUAGAAUAGCCAAGCAAUUUUUAAAAGGAAGAACAACAUUGGAGUUGCCUACUAACUGAUCUCAAGACUUACGAUGAAGCUACAGUAAUGAAGACAGUGUGGUAGUGGUGAAAGAAUAGACACCUAUAUCAAUGGAAUGAACUCCAGAAUCCAGAAAUAGACCUGUAUAUAUCAACUGAUUUUCCAAAAAGGUGCAAAGGCUAUCCAAUUGUUCUUCCCAAUAAAUAGUGCUGGCGAGGGUGUGGAGGAACUGGAACACACACAUGGCUGGUGGGCAUACCAAAUGGUACAGACACUUUGGAAAACAGUUUGGCAGAGUUUCUUAUAAGUUUAAAGAUACUUACUGUAAGACUUAGAAGUUCCACUCCCCAAAUAAAUGAAAAGUUAUGUCCCCACAAAAACCUGUCUGUGAACGUUAAUAAUGGAUGCAUUCAUAACUCAAAAACUGGAAACAACCCAAAUGCUCUUCAACUAGUGUGAAUGGAUAAACUCUUGUACAGCCAUACAAUGGGAUACUACUCAGCAAUAAAAAUGAACAAACUAGUGGUACAACAACAAGGAUGAAUCUCAAACGCAUCAUGCUAAGUGAAAGAAGCUAGACUUAAAAGGAUAAAUAUGUAUGCAUCUAUUUAUAGGACAUUCUGGAAAAGGCAAAACUAUGGGGAUGGAAAACAGACCACUAGUUGCCAGUGGCUGGAGUUGAGGAAGGGUUGGCUACAGAGGGGCAGCAGGAGGUAUUUGGGGGGGUGAUGGAACUGUUCCAUAUCUUGAUUGUCAAAAUAAACUGUAUGCCAAAAAAGAGUGGGUUUUUACUCUAUGCAAAUAUGUAUCUCGUUAAAAAGCAAAAAGAAA